UUGUAAUGUUAAAACCAUUAACUACCUUAAUGUGGCAUACAUGUUGAUCUUGCCAAUACUGUCUACGUAGCAUGUAGCAUCGGUAGACCUAUCUAUAUCAGUGUAGCAACAUAUCGAUUCAAUACGUCUGCCAUCAACAUUACUGCUUUAACACUGAUUCGGUCAACAGGACAUAAACUGUCCAUGUAGCUCAGUGACGUCAGUUCAUAGAAAAACAUUAAGCUUGUUGACUGGACAGUUGGAGCCUAAAGCCUCUCUUCCUGUCUUUAUCAAAAAACACACUUUUCAUUCAUAAUGGACCUUUGAAGAGUGUAACAGUAGUUUAGUACAAAUAUCUGAAUUCAAUAUGGAAAAUGUAUUUUACACAUAUCCACAAACUGUUGGACAAUGUGACAGACAUUAGCUUCACUACGGAUAUAUGGAGUCUGGACGUAAGUCAGAUGAGUAUGUUGAGUCUUACUGCUCAGUGGAUUGAUGACAGCUUUGGAAUGAAGAGAGCUGUUUUGUGUGCACAAGAGUUUGCAGGAUUGCAUACGGUGGCUGCCAUCACUAGUGCAUUUGACUGCAUGUUUGCUCAGUGGAAAAUUAAAAAGACAAUGUGCACGUUGUGCUUCACAACAAUGCACAGAAUAUGCAGAAGGCAGUGGACGAGUGUGGCGUUAAAAGCCUGGGCUGCAUGGCGCAUACGCUGCAGCUAGCAGUGCAUGAUGGAGUGUUAAGCCAGUGAAGCAUCUUUGACUGUCUGGCUAUUGCAGGGGUCGGGAACGUAUGGCUCGCGAGCCAGGUGUGGCUCUUUUGAUGAUUGCAUCUGGCUCUAAGAUAAAACAAAAUAUUCUCACUUGUUUUAAUCCAUCCAUCUAUUUUCCACUGCUCAUGUCCUGUUCAGGGCUGCAGUUGGCUGCAGGAGCAAUUGUCCAUAAUUUAAAUGGAUUAUAAUAGCCUACGUUGGCCGUUGCUGGGUAAACAGGUAAACGCCCCCUUUUGAAUCAGUCUGCGCCGUCAUUAGCUCAAAGCUAACCCUUCGACGAAGAAGAUGGCGAAAAGAAAAAAAAAAUGAGGAGUAUCGUACAUUUCAGGACAAGUGGACCGAAGAAUUCGCCUUUGUGGAGAGAGAAGGUUCUGCGGUGUGUCUAAUUUGCAAUGACAAAAUUGCAUCGAUGAAACGGUCGAAUGUACAGCGGCACUUCAACACACGCCAUGCUACCUUUGCAUCAAAAUACCCUGCGGGAGAAAGUAGAAAGAAAGCGUGCCAAGAGCUACUGAGCAGGCUGCAAGCUAGCCAGCAGCAACUCCGUGUAUGGACCCGACAAGGUGACUAUAAUUCUGCUAGCUUUGCUGGAUCUUUAGCAAUAGUGAGGAACGGAAAACCAUUCACAGAUGGCGAGUAUGCUAAAACGUUCAUGCUGGAUGUAGCCAAUGAACUUUUUGAUGAUCUUCCGAACAAAGACAAGAUAAUCAAACGGAUACAAGACAGGGGUGGGCGAUAUAUAUCGUCUGCGAUAGGAUCGUGAUUGUUGUUUUAACGAUGUGCAAAUUUACAUUAUCGAGUAUUUAAAUUAGUUCGCCAAAACCAAUGAAACGCACGUCCACACUUCACAUUACAGAGCAGCAGCGCUCCAUAAAAAACACAGCACGACUCAGCCACGCCCAAGUCCUGUAAGAAAGUCACAUGACCUCUCUCGCGAGAAGCCUUGCAACAGGUCAGCAGCGUAGUUGUGGAAAAUGCAGGUGGAGGCAGGUACAGUCCCUGACGCAACUUCAGAGGAUUUAGUGCCGAGACGUGGGUCUACUUCUCUGGCAUGGAAAUGGUUUGGUUUCGAAAAGACUGACGUUGGUCAAAACACCGUCAUAUGCAAAAUCUGUCGGAAAGCUAUCGCCGUUAAACAAAACUCCACAACGAAUCUCUUUCACCACCUCCGCACCAACCACAGUAAAGAGUAUGAAGAAUACGAGAAACUUCGAGACUCUGCAGCUCAAGAUAAACCAAGUAGGCCAGCUGUUCAGCACACCCAACAAACCCUCGCUGAGUCAUUCAGCAGAAAAGUGCCGUAUGACAGAAAAAGUCAACGAUGGCAAGACAUAACCAAUGCUAUCACCAAAUUCAUAGCCAAAGAGAUGUUGCCGAUGCAGUUGGUGGAGGGAAAAAGUUUCAUUGAACUUUUGAAUGUCCUAGACGCGCGAUACACAGUGCCAAGUAGAAAAUAUUUCAGCGGAACCGCUCUCACCACCCUCUAUGAUAAAACUCGUAAAGCUGUGAUGAGUGAAGUGCAAGAGGUGAAACACUUCGCAACAACAACCGAUUUAUGGUCUAGCAGAACAUCGGAGCCAUACCUCUCUCUGACCGUGCAUUUCAUUGAUGAAUCGUGGAAACUUCGGAGCUACUGUUUGCAAACGUCCUAUUUCCCAGAUGCCCACACAGGAGAAAUCAUUGCCCUUGGUCUGAAAGAUGCCCUCGCAUCAUGGUCGCUGAGUGAACAGGACAUGGUCUGCAUGACCACCGACAGCGGCGCAAACGUCGUCAGUGCACUCAGAAUCAAUGACUGGAAAAGGCUACCGUGCUUUGGGCACCGGCUUCAUAUUGCAAUCGAGAGGAGCAUGCGUGAUGCAAGGAUAGACAGAGCCAUUGGUGUCUGCAAGAAGGUGGUUGCAGCCUUUUCCAAUAGCUGGAAUUUGUAA